AUGGACCCAGGGGUUGUUAUCAGGGCGUUCAAGGCCCUCUACACGAAGAAUACCUUGGCGGACCUCGUUGCGUGUGUGGAUGCUGCCCAAGAUGAUGAGGAUGAAACAUUCAAUUUGAAGGCGUACUGGCGGCAGUACACAAUAGCCACGUGCCUGCAAAACAUCCAGAAGGCACUGAAAGAAAUGAAACCUGCUACUGUUAAUGCGAGCUGGAAGAAGUUGUGGCCCCAGAUUGUUUACGAUGACAAGGGAUUUACACCUGCUGAGAUUCAACACUCUGCAGUACGGAAAUCUGUGCAGUUGGCUUCGAUAAUUGGAGGUGACGGGUUUGGCGACAUGACGACUGAAGACGUCGACGAGUUAUUGGACCGCCAUUCCCAGCCGCUCGAAGACUUGACGAAAUCGGCCAGUGACGAAGACAGUGAAACACAGGAAGAGACCCAAGAAAUUGUCGAAGAAACGGGCUUAACAUUAGAACUGCUUGCCAAGCUCUGCAACCUUGCGAAGGAGUUGAAAGAAUUGUCGCAAGAGUGGGACGAGGAUAUGGUUCGUUCUCUGCAAUUCUGCAACAAAAUCGAUGAACACAUGACUCCCUACAGGAUGCUCUUCGAGCAAAAAAAGAAGCAGCGGCAGCAACUUCCGAUCACAAUGUUCUUCCAGCCUCGCAAAAAAGAGCCAGUUCCUCCUGCUAAUAUCUAUGCCUUCGGAAGAAAUUGA